AUGGAGGGCGAUUGCCGGCGGGCAAAAAAGAUUUUGGAUACGUUUUGUCCAUCAGGAACACAUCAUGGGCUGGAUAAGGUGAUACCACCGAGUGUUCUGCGCAAGGCGAAGGGUUUUGCGAUCUUUACCAUUUUUCGCGUCGGCUUUCUCAUGAGCGCACGCGUCGGCAUGGGAGUUGUUGUCGCCAAACUGCCCAACGGUGAGUGGUCACCGCCAUCAUCCAUCGGAAUCGGUGGCUUGGGUGGUGGCUUCAAUGCUGGGGCAGAGAUGGUGGACUUUCUGAUCGUACUCAAUUCGCGAGCUGCUGUUCGCUCGUUCAUGACAGCUGGAUCACUUCAGCUAGGCGGAAAUUUGAGUUUGGCCGUAGGUCCUUUGGGCCGCACAGGUGAAGCCAGCGCCGCCAUGAACUCAGAAAUGCAACUCUCGGCCAUGUUCAGUUACAGCGUGAGCCGUGGUCUGUAUGGUGGUGUCACGAUUGAAGGUACUGUACUCAUCGAGCGCAAGGAAGCCAAUGAAAAAGUGUACGGUGGCUCUGUUACUCCUAUGCAAAUAUUAUCUGGAUCUGUUGAGGUGCCCCAAUUCGCCGUGCCUUUGGUGAGCCGCAUUGAAGAAGUAACUGGAAGUGUACCAUUUAAUGACGACGAGUCCAGCAUCACAGAAGAUUUGGACUCGAACGAAAAUUUCAAGGGCAAUGCAUACGCUGACAGUCGCCGUCAGGCAUAUUUUGAACCAAGACAUUCCAAGUCUAUUGGCACAACGUACAGAACACAUGAUAUGCCUCGUGCCCCCAUGGAUGACCUUGAUGAACAACUGCAGUCGAAUAGUCUGGGGGGAAAGAGCCCAAGUCCACCGCCUCCGAGCCAGCACGUGCCAUAUGUGCCUCGUGUUUCAAGACUUUCCACGCCAAGACAAUCUGCUCCAAGGGUAGAGUCCGUGGGUCGUGGCUCCCAUCAUACAGCGUCUUAUGCUUCACAUGCGCCAGAAGAUCCAUUCAGCGAUAUUCAUGCUGUCGAGGAAAAUGCAGUAAAUGCACCUGAUCACUCCCAUUUGUCAUACGAGCCUCGCGUAUCUCGCCGUGCGGUGAUGCGCGACGAUGAAUUCGAUCCAUUAGAAGCAAGUACUAACAAACUUGUUGAUGAACGUGAAAAUGGAUCAAGGCGUCCUCAGCCUGUCGAUCUUAUUGAUCCGUCCAUUCUUGACGGCGACUUGGUCGUGGCCAUUCAUGAAUUCACUGCGUUACGUGACACAGAUCUUUCUUUCAAGCGUGGUGACCUCAUCCGUGUUACUCGACGUACAGAUAAAGAGAAUGAUUGGUGGACAGGCGAAUUGGUCGCCAGCUACCGAGACGGCCCACCACCAUCAGGAGAUUUUCCAUCCAACUACACAGAGACACUCUAG